GCCGCCGCCGCCGCCGCCGCCGGCCGCGGCUGCUCUCCCAAGAUGGCGGCUCCUCCGGGCGAGUACUUCAGCGUCGGGAGCCAGGUGUCGUGCCGGACGUGCCAGGAGCAGCGGCUACAGGGCGAGGUGGUAGCCUUCGACUACCAGUCCAAAAUGCUGGCUUUAAAAUGUCCCUCUUCCAGUGGAAAGCCCAACCAUGCAGACAUCUUGCUCAUAAACUUACAAUAUGUUUCAGAAGUGGAAAUAAUUAAUGACCGAACAGAAACCCCUCCUCCCCUAGCUUCACUCAAUAUUAGUAAGCUUGCCAGCAAAGCACGAACGGAGAAGGAGGAGAAGCUGAGCCAGGCCUAUGCAAUCAGCGCUGGUGUCUCCCUGGAGGGCCAGCAGCUCUUCCAGACCAUUCACAAGACCAUUAAAGACUGUAAAUGGCAAGAAAAAAACAUCGUAGUCAUGGAAGAAGUUGUUAUUACACCCCCAUAUCAAGUGGAGAACUGUAAAGGCAAAGAGGGGAGUGCACUGAGCCAUGUACGCAAAAUAGUUGAAAAACAUUUUAGAGAUGUGGAAAGCCAAAAGAUACUGCAGCGUCCACAAGCCCAACAACCACAGAAGGAGGCUGCCCUGUCAUCCUGAGUCCACCCACGGAGGGCUCUUCCAGCAUCCAGCCACAGAGGUGGUGGUGGCUUCAGCGGAGGCAGGCCGGGGGAGGGAAGGGAUCCUAUAUUUCCUGUUGGCUCUUGUUAAAGGGUCAGCGUUUUCAAAACUUAGACUUGAACAAAGAAAACACCCAACAAAAAGAACAAGAGAAUAAUUUAAAAGUUGAAUCAUUACUUGACUAACAGACUUCGGUCCACCAUGUCCUUUCACAGCCCCCUUCUGGAGCAGUCAUCUUGUUAAUUUUAUUUUGAAAAUUCCUUUCCCAUGCUGCCCUUUACCUUUGACUUUCCUUUCCUACUCUCUUCCUGCCAUUCUGUUUUUAUAAGUGGGUACACUUGCCUUCUAUGAUUGAAGAAACUUUUACAUCUUUUCUUCCAAAAUAAAAGUAACAAGUUGACUGUGAUUCUUAAGUUGAGACCAGAGCAGCAGAGGUCUCACUUUAAAUUUUUCUUUUUUCUUUGUAACUUUUUUUUUUUUUUUUUUUUGCACAGGGCAUGGCUUGAAUUAGUUUUAUUUUUCUUAACUUUAAAUAUAUAUAUGGAAAUAUAUAUUAAAAUGUUCUCUAAGUAUUUUCUGCUUCUUGCAGGUCUCUUUUUACUAGAUCAUGGCCAUUCUUCCCACCUCUUUGCUCUGAAAAAAUAAAAAUAAAAAAAAGAGUAGCCCUUUCUAUCACCCAUAGCCAAAUACUAAUUUGACUUAGUUCACAACAAGGAUCUCCUGCAGCAUUUUGCAGAGCCAAUGUGUGCAGACAGGAUUUGGCUUCGAGGGUUCCUGAUGGCUUUCUAGUUUUAAACUGUGUGUGCCUGUCUCACAUUUGGCCUCAACCUCAGGAUUCCCUCUGCCUUUGUCUUCAAGGUACUAGAAGAACCUCUCACCAGUCCACCUGGGAGUCAGCCACCCUCCCUCGUGCCUCUGCAGGAAGAACUCGCUUGCAUGGCACAUCUCAGCUCUUCGUCCUCCGGGGCUGAUUUUCUCUUCUAAGAAACCUGGAGUCCAUCUACUCCGGCCUUUCUUUAAGUCUAUAUCCAGAGCCUCUAGCCCAGGAAAAAGCUCGAAUGAUUUUUAGUUUCUCUUCUCCUGCCAUCCUCCUGCUCUUCGGCCCCCUCUUACCCCCUAUGAUCUUACAAGCUGAUGCGUUUGUAUGUGCUCAGCCAAUGGGCAGAAAACCUGGGAAGAAUUUCUGGACUUUAGCCCACCAGUUUGUCUGGUUUGACUAUCCUGCUGAGCGCUGAAACUGGCACGUGUUGCUCCUGUGCCCUCAGGGUGGUCUCAUGGGGCAGUGUGCCAACACCUGAAUAUCAGGCACUGAGUGGGACAUGGUGAUGCUCAUGUGACUGGCUAGAGCUUUGGGGGUGGGGUGGGGGUUAACUUUUUUUGGCCAUGAUCUCUUUUCCCUUUUUUUUUUUUUAAUUAAAUAAAUGGAUCAAAACUAAAUAAUUCAAGCCCUGCCUUCAAAAUGGAAUUUUUU